AUGAUGUACGAGAAGGAUCAUCGACUUCAGUAUUACGCGGAUACUGAAGACAAUCGCCAAAGAAGAGCCACACGACUUGCGCAUGAAAGAGGAAGCAUCACGAAAGCUGCCAGUGCCUUAAUCUCCCCAGCACCUUCACCGCGCAACAACGACACGCUGGAGCAUCUUAGCAACCUACACCCUAACGAAGAUCCUGACGAUAUUGCUACUGCGUGGGAUUCCAGCAUCAAAGCUGCGGGAGAUCGUAUAAAAACGCACAAGAUCGACUCCGUCGCCGAAGCUGAUGAACCAUUCGAAAUCAAGUUCAUCAAGCAGACGGUAAAGAAAGCCAACCCUCAGAGUGCUCCGGGGCCUGAUGGUCUUCGUUUUUCGUAUCUCCAAGCUGGUGGGAUGAGUGAUUUUUUUACUGAAACCUUGGCGGACUUGAGUUUUAAAGUCUUCUGCUACGGAGACGAGCUUCCGGAUUUCUUUUGGAACCUCCACACCAGUGCCAACCUUUCAGCGCUGGGAGAGAAAAAACGGCCGAUUGCAGUUGGAGGGGUUUUGCGUCGCAUCAUCAGCGGCAGCUUCUGCCGCCAGUACAAGGGAGGAAUUGCGAACAUCUUCGAAGCAGCAAAUCAGUUCGGAGGUGGUGUUCCAGGAGGAGUUGAGAUAGUGGCUUCCACAGCAGCCCUCAGCCACCAGCAAGGCAGCACCAUUCUCUCCUUUGAUGGGAAAAACGCUUACAACAGCAUGCGCAGAUCUUCCAUCUUGCCAGCAGUGGCCACUCAUACGCCACACUUGGUGAAGUACUUCGGGAACAUCUACGCUCGAACCAAGGCGAAACUUCUGUUCAAAAUGGAAGAUGGUUCGAUCGAGGUUGUUCUUUCACAGCGCGGAGUUCAACAAGGCUGCAAUUUGGGAGGGUUUGGCUUCUGUGUAGGACUUCUUGAUAUCAUGAAAGAGUUCAACAACAAGCCACCAGUGCCAGGAGCCAAACUCAUCGGAUACGUCGACGACCUCCAAGCACAUCUUCCACCAGGUUUGGCUAGGAACAUGCAGGCCAUAUCCACUGUAACGAAUUGGAUUCAGGAACGUCUCUCCCAAAAAGGCAUUGAGCUCAGUCUCCCGAAAUCCAAAGUGCUUUUCCCGGAAGGUCUUUGCAUGUCCUCUUUGACAAACGACGAACAGCAACAAUUGACGAAAAUUGGUCUGUCAGUUGCUGAAGGUGGCAUGCCAGUUGUCGGGAUCCCAGUAGGAACAGAGGAGUUCCAGAGGAAUUUCGUUUCCAAAAUCGCCCGUGGUGACCCGGCGGAAUUGAUACUCCGCCUAGCAACGCUUGACGACCCUCAAGCCAGCUAUCAACUGCUGCGUUUAUCUGGUGUGCCACGUUUGUUCCAUCUGCUGAGGACGAUUGCACCGUCUAUCACCAACUCUGCCGCAAAAAUACAUGACAACAUGAUGAUGUGGGCAAUGAGUAAGAUCGUCCUUGGCAAGAUGGCCGACAGCAUGAGAAUACCAACGGUCAAAGAGGUACGCGCAGACCCGACGAAGAGCGAGGAGGUAGAUUUCUUCAAAGGGACAGCUCGGGCGCAGGUGCACCUACCCAUGCGAGAAGGAGGACUAGGAAUCACGAGCAAUGUUCUCAUUCGAGAAUCGGCUUUUGUGGCAGGGCAAGCGCUGGUGUUCUCCAAGUCAGUGCAAGCAUCGACAGGAUACACAGUUGAGCAAUGUCUACCCCGGCUUGCCCAGCUACCGACAGGGUUGGCUCUGAUUGACUCGCUGAAGAAGCUAGAGGAAAUAAUUACCAAAGACAAGCUUGAAAAAGCUGUUGGGCAGUCAUGGGCUAAACUUGCCACAAGUGAUGAGUUAACCCCCGCCCUCAAAGGAGUUUACUUGUUGGAAGCAGGGAAGGCGGGAAAACCCCGUGAAGAUGGAAACCCUGACGUAGAACAUCAACCACCGUCUACCUUCAGCCGAAAUGAAUUUGGUCAACACUACCAAGUCUUUGGAGCCCAAGCUCUCCUUUCGAAACCUCUUCAUGCAGCAGUGCGCCACAUGGUGGAGACAGACUUGCAGAAAGUAGUAGGCGAGGAAACGCCAAAGAAGAGGGCGUUGAUCCGCUUGGAGGAAGCGAAAGGCAAGGGAGUUUUGUCGUGGUUGACAACGCAAGGGUUGUCAGCAGAUGAAAGAAUGCUGCCUGAUCUAUAUCGAGAGUCAAUCGGUCGUGUACUGGGGAGUCACGAUCGAGCAGACUGCAACACAGGCAAACUUUGUGGUGCAGGUGCAUUGUUACCAUGCAAGGACCGCUUGAGCCGAGCCCACUCCCUCGUCUGCACCAAGACCGGCGCCUCAACCUUCCUCCAUAACAGGAUGGUUCGAGUGGUCCUCAAGACACUGCGCGAGUGCCAUAUGCCCAUCGCCGUUGAGGAUUCUUCCCCUUUUACCACAGGCACUGGUAGGGGAAAGGGGCUAUACAAGAUGGAUUUGGUAAUCCCCCCAGGAUUACACGCAGGAGAGAAGGAAGAGGACCUCUGCACCAAGUCCAUUCUGAUCGACGUAACAAUCGUCAACCCAUCAGCAGGUCGAAGCAUCGACAAGUCGAUCCUUAAGCCAGGAUCAGCCCUCGAAGAUCGAGCUGCAAGUAAGGCAAAUCACUAUGCGGGAACUUUCAACCCGUCUAGAUCUACCCUCCUUACUGCUGCUUUUUCAACGAAUGGUGGUCUUGGCAAAGGCACCAAUCGACUCAUCGUUGCUAUCGCCAACCACUUGGCGCACGAAGCUUUUUGCCGGGGGAAUUUUGACGACGAGAGGGCCUUAGUUCGCCUGAAAGCUUUUCAUACUAACAGGAUUCGGAGACGGUUUACCUUCGAGCUAGCUCGUUUUCUGUCGAUGCGAACUCGCGAUGUGUUCAAACGUCAUGGGCUACUGAUCGACCAACUUCCACCAGGGCCAAUCGGUUGGGAUCUCUGCGACAACGAUAGUAAUGAGGGGCUAGGGAAGAACUGCCCAGAGAUUCUUCUUGUCGAAAUGAGGAUCAGAAUGAUGGUAGCGAAAACAAGGAGGACACUGGUGAAAGUACUCCUAAACGAACUCGAGUACUAG